AUAUUCUUCUAGAUCCGUUUUGAUCUUCACGAGUAUUUCUUCGCCCUACUCAUCUAUCUCUCCAUGGCGCACAGGCAUCGCAUCGCAAGGCUGCUGCGAUGGAAAUGGCGGCACGCUGGACCUGCGAUGGCUCUUGUAAGUCGCUGCCAGGAAUCCUCCAGCUCGUGGAUUGAAUUGCGGGAGUUUUGGCUCGGGAGGAUUGGCCAGGGAUCGCGAUUUCCAUCUCUUUCUCCAUCGAGGGGCUAUUCCAUGGCUUCUGCGUCCACACAACCGCAAGAGAGUGAGAAUGUGAUGGCCGUGGACAUGGGGCUAAACAUUCUCAAGAACGGCGUGGAUGUCAAGAGCGAUGCUUUCCACGCAAAUCGCAAGGCUAUGGAAAGACUCGUCUCCGAGCUUCGUGAGAAUGUCCGCAAGGUUUGCAAUGACAGGGACCCGAAGACUCUCAGCCGCCAUAGCGCAAGAAACAAGCUCCUGCCGCGAGAACGAAUCGACCAACUUUUGGAUGCUGGAUCGCCUUUCAUCGAAUUGUCCCAGCUAGCGGGAUUCGACAUGUAUGACGAGCAAGUUCCUUCUGGAGGGAUUGUCACAGGGAUUGGAUCGAUCCACGGCCGGCUGUGUAUGCUCGUCGCCAAUGAUCCAACAGUAAAAGGUGGAACUUACUAUCCUAUCACGGUAAAGAAGCACCUUCGAGCUCAAGAGAUCGCAGCUCAAUGCAGCCUCCCUUGUAUAUAUCUUGUGGACAGUGGAGGCGCAAAUCUCCCCCGGCAAGCCGACGUUUUCCCGGAUAGAGAUCACUUUGGCAGGAUUUUCUACAACCAAGCACGGAUGUCCGAGGCUGGAAUACCUCAGAUAGCGCUUGUUCUGGGCUCGUGUACAGCAGGUGGUGCUUACGUUCCAGCCAUGGCCGAUGAGAGUGUCAUUGUGAAAGAAAAUGGGACGAUUUUUCUUGCUGGACCUCCCCUUGUCAAGGCUGCGACCGGAGAGGAAGUCUCUGCUGAAAAUCUCGGAGGAGCCGAUUUGCACUGUAAAGUAUCAGGAGUAGCCGACCACUUUGCGAAAGAUGAGCUACAUGCUCUUGGAAUUGGUCGAAAGAUUGUCCGGAAUUUACAUCUUGCUGCGUCAACUCCCAACGUAAAGCUGGACGAAGACGCUGUCGUACUAUAUGGAAGUACGCUGGUCACAGGAUUUGCAAAGAUUCAUGGACAGUCCGUUGGGAUUCUGGGAAACAAUGGAAUUCUUUUCACGGAGUCAGCCUUGAAAGGUGCUCACUUCAUUCAGCUCUGUGCUCAACGCCACAUUCCGCUACUAUUUCUUCAGAAUAUCACUGGCUUCAUGGUGGGAUCCAAAUCCGAGGCUAGUGGUAUUGCCAAAGCGGGUGCCAAAAUGGUCAUGGCUGUUGCUUGUGCCAAGGUGCCCAAAAUUACUGUGAUAGUCGGAGGGAGCUACGGCGCCGGGAACUAUGGAAUGUGCGGACGUGCUUACAGUCCCAACUUCCUUUUUCUGUGGCCAAACGCUAGGAUCUCGGUCAUGGGAGGCAGCCAGGCAGCAGGAGUUCUCGUGCAGAUUGAGAAGGAGCAACGCUCUAGGAAAGGAAAUCCAUGGAGCAAGGAAGAGGAGGAGCUUUUUAAAUCCAAGACUGUAGAGUCUUACGAGCGAGAGGCCAAUCCUUAUUAUGCGACUGCCAGGCUUUGGGACGAUGGUGUGAUUGAUCCCGCGGACACGAGACAAGUUGUAGGACUGUGUCUCAAGGCCGCAUCUCAAAGCUCUCCACAAACUUCUAAGUACGGAGUUUUUCGGAUGUAACUACAGAAGAUUGGAUCUAGACUUCAAGCAAAAAACGAAAACGUCACUCGAGAGACUCAAACUCUCGUGCAUGUUAUUUAGCAUCGACCAAAGCAACUUUCAUAUACAACAUUUCAUCACUCUUA